ACAUCAUCACAAAAUUCAACUGUCCUUUAAUUCCUUACAUCAAAUAAUAAGACCGUUUUAUUAUGCUUCAAGGAUCCGCUUUUCUCGCUUCUUCACUCACUCCUUAUCAUCAUUUAUAUAUCAACAAUCUUUUUCAUAUUUUCCUCUCAAUCAAAUACAUGUCAUUUUCAUUCUGAUUUUCCCACUUUAACAACCUUUUUCAAUAUCACUUUUCUUGUUUUCAAACUUCUUCAUAUUCACUAGUUUACCAAUUAUGGGCAAGGAUUGGUAUUGGACUGGAAGAAGAAGAUCCUCCAAGAAAACAGAAGCUGCUGAAACAGAUAUCCCUUCUGGUUGCAUGUGUGCUGUUUUUCAAGCCUUUGAUUUUCAUCCCUUUCAACUUCCCAUUAACCAACAACAAUCCUCUUUCAACUCUUCUUCUCCCAUACACUCUCUCCCCAAAGGAGCUGAAGCACCUAGGAAUAGCUUGGAAUGUGAAGAUGGUACAUUCUCAUCCAUCUCAAAACAAGAUAGUUUCAAAAUCCCAAAGAACAUAAGAAUCAAAACUAAAGGAGGAAGUUUCAGUGAUCUUUCCAAUGAUCUUUGCUCUCCAGGGACAAAGACACCAACUUUGGUUGCAAGAUUAAUGGGUCUUGAUCUUCUUCCUGAUGCAAACUCCCCUUCUUCCUCAUCUUCUUCAUCUUUCUCCACUCCAAAAAGACAAAGCCAUUACCAAAAUAGACCAAAGCAAGACAUCAAAAUAAUGAAACACAGACACAGCACAGAUAGUGUCAUCAAAACUCCAACAUUGUCCUCAGAAAGAACAUCAUAUGUUGAGCAUAGACUAUCACUCCAAAUCAACAAAGAGAACAUGAAUCUUGGUGAAGAUUUGGAAACUCCUAGGUCUUCAUUUUCAAAAAGGAAAUUUUUUGAUGAGAAUAAUUGCAGAAGUCCAAGUCAUUAUGCAAGGCAAAUUGUUAAACAGGUUAAAGAGAGUAUGAGUAGAAAAGUUGGUAUGGACAUCACCAACACAGUGAAAAACAGAGAACAAGAAAAAGUGAAAGAAGAUUUUGUUGCUCAAAUCAAAUUCAAGAAAGCUCUUAAACCAUUAGAUGAAUCAAAUCAAGGAAAAGUACCCUCAACAAACACAUCUCAUUCCCCAAGACUCAGCAGAUUCAAUGAUAACAACCAUAAACAUUCACCAACAACUACUCCAAGAGACCAAAAUACACAUCAAGUACUAAAACAAUCAUCACCACCACCUGCAGUCAACAUUGAAGCACAAGUUUCAAGAGUUUCAACAAAGCCACAAACACAAGCAAUGUCAGAGAAGGAGGACAAAAAAUCUUUCCCAAAAUGCAAGAAAACAGCACAUGGGAAUUUGAGUCCACGGAUAAACAGAAACAAGCCUCCUCAGAAAUCAUCAUCAAUCAGAAACAAGCAAGAAGAAUCAUUCAUAACCACUAGAGCUAGUGAUAUCAAAACCAAUAGCAAGAGAACUCAUCCAAUUUCUAACAACAAUGUCCCAAAUCUUCUCCAUCUCAAAACACACCUUUCUCUUCCAGCUCAAAAACAGGUCAAUGAUGAUGUCCAAGAAGCAAAAAACAUGUCACAGUUAUUUAGUACUUCGUGCCACAAGUACACACUCGCCACCCGAGGAACCACCAACGAUGAAUCAAAAUCCAACGGUUCCUCCGCCGCUGGAGCUGAGAAUGAAGGAUCAGAAUAUCAAUACAUAACAACCAUUCUAAGCCGUUCUGGAAUACACAGAGCAACAGUAACUAACCUUCAAGAUUUUCAAUGGUUCUCUUCAACACAUCCAUUAGACCCAUCAAUUUUUCACCGUCUUGAGCUAUACCCAACAGCUAAAGAUAGCAACUUUACGCAGAAAAAUGAACUGGGUCCACGUUGUAACCGUAGAUUACUAUUUGAUUUAGUCGAUGAAGUGUUGUCGGAAAUUCUGAUUAGGCCAAAGUGUUAUCAUGGGUUGUUGUUGGAUACAGUGUGGAAAAGAGUUGGAAGUUUCCCACGUGCGAAAUGUGAGGUUUUAGAAGACAUUGAUGGGUUAAUAGAGAUGAAGGAGGUGAUGGAUAAGGUUAAGGAAGAAGAAGAAGAAGGUGAAAAGUUGGUGGCAGAAAUUGAAGGGAAGGUGUUGGAUAUGUUGGUGAAUGAAACGUUAACAGUUAUGGUUGGCGGCACGUGAGUGAAAGGGGGGUGGGUCCGUACGUAAAGGACGUCGUCGUUUUGGUGAUGAUCGAUGAUGGUGAUAGUGGGAUUUCAACGGGGAGACAUGAAACAGAGGUUGUCACAUGGGGAUUUAGUUCACGUGAUGAGAUGCUACAUGUUCAUGUUCAUCGUGUGUGUGUGUGUAUGGAUCCAUCUUCCAUGGGAGGUUGUGUUUGGAUGGUGGGUCCCUCUCAGUUUUUACCAUGAAAGAUUACACGUGGUUUAUUUUAAUACUCAAGAUUUUGCAGCGGAAUCCAUGGCCAACAUAAUUACAAUGUCUUCUCAAGUUUUGGUUUGAAACAUCCAUGUAUUUUUAGGAUUUAAUUUGAGUGUCUUCUCAAGUAUAAUACUUUUUUUUUUUUUUUUCUUGUGUAUAGUAUUUGAUUUGUAAUUUGAGGUAAUUUAUCCAACUUGAUGAAUUUUCUUUC